UUCCUAGAUGAAUUUCUACUAAUGUUACACUUGCUGGGUGAAAGAUGAGACGUAAACUAUAUAUACAUGGAUCGAUAUUCAAAGAUAAUAAGACAUUUGAAUUCACCAAGGUAGAUAAAAAGUACAAAAUAUUUGAAGAAAGAGAUUUUAAAGAACAUUUAACAAAAUGGAAUAUGGAGAAAAAUUUAAAACUUUUAAGCUACUCUUUUCAUGGUGACGUAAGAGAAGGAGAAAGAGAACAGAUAAUAGAGAAUUUAUUUCGGAGUAGUGAUGUUUUGAUGUCCAUCGGCUGCAAGGAAUUUCUGGACUCAGAUGGAAAGGAUUUGGCAAUUGAAAUUGAACCAGUACCCUGCAAUAUUCUGAGCAUGGAACUCUUCGAUAGAAUUUACGAUAAUGGAAUCGUUAUCUCAGAUGGAACUAUUCGUAAAUGCUUCGAAGAUUACGUCGAUGACAUAGUCAUAGCGGAUGAGCUGAGAACUAUGCUUCUUCUAGAAGGUUCUGAAAAUUAUUCGCUGUAUUCCGAAGAUGAAAGAAAAGAAUUUCUUUUUCGCAUUUUCCAGCAUUUCUGCCUUGGAGGAAACCUAAAUCAGUACGAAGAUAAUAUAGAGCCAUACAUAAUGAUAUCUAAAGCACUGUAUAAGGAUAUUAUGUGUGUAAGAAAAUCUGGAGUACCUAAAAAAAUAAGCAUCAAGUCCGAAAUAUUCAAAGUUGUGUGUUACAAAGAUGAUGUGCCAGUGUAUCCAACAAGUAAACAACACUACCAGGACUUUGCAUACAUUAUUUUGAAUAUGCCCAUGAAGCAAGUAUCUGUCUUGCAUCACAUAUGGUAAAGAGUAGUUUUUGUCCUCAGCUGUCUCUCUCAGAAAUACGAAUGCCACACAUUAUUCUUUAUAUUCUAUUUAAAACCAUAUGUUAACAGUAUGAAUUAAGAAGAAAAAUGAAAAUUCCAUCAAUAUUUUUUCCAAGACUGAUCUUAAUGCACUGUAUGAAGCCUCAAAUAUAUACCUUCAUUCAUGGAAUGGGGUUAAAAUAUAUAUCAGUCAUUCUGUGAGUAAUGGCAACUUCUCAUUUCUUGCCCAAAACAGGUUAAACAAAUUUAAGAUAAGUUAACUUGCAGGUUUCCGAAAAAUUAUUCAUUUGAAAAUACAUACAAGAGAAAAUAUAUUUCGUGUUAAAAUCUUUCUUUAAUCACACUUUUUACAUAAAUUAAAACAUAAGACAAAUUACUUAUAUUUAUUAUCACAGGUAGCCCAUAACAAUACAAGUUCAUAAAAUACCAGCACCAUGUACUGACAUCUGUAAACAUUCACAAAGAAACUUUUUUUUUUUUUUUCAAAAUUUUCUUACUGUUUAAAUUUUAAUAUUUUGUACAUAAUGCUUAAAAAUAUUCAUUUCAAUAAUUUUAACAGUACUCUUGUUUUAAGAGAUUUCACAUGGAAUGAAAUACACCAUUUAAAACACAUACAUACCAUGCUAUAAAUGUAUUGCUGCAGAGCAUAUCAAGAGCUUUCAUCAAAUGCACAUGCAGGAAUGUUAACUGCCUUUUAAAUGAAAGUAAUAACAAUUUGAUUUAUGAAAAAUUUAUCCUCUUAGAACUCAAAAUAAAAAACUUAUACAUAAUUUAAAAUAACUACGCUACCAAUCCCUGCAUAUAACUCAAUCAUGGGUAUGAAAAUAACUUCCUACCCAAUGAUUAAAAUUUAUGUGAGACAGAAUUUAUGCUCACUUUAUAUAUGAAGAAUAUUUAUUCCCUGUGAUCUUAUAAUAGUAGUGAUUAAAUUUACACAACUUUGUUUUUAAACUUUUUCACUAAACAUUCAUAUAUUUGAGUCGCUGUAUUUUCAAGGUUUUAUAUAGCUGCCUUUAGUAGUAUGGUGGUAUUCAGAGGUUGCCUACAAUGACAUUGAAAUGAAUGUAAAUUUUGAAUGAGUUAUGGAUAACUGUAUAUGUAACAUCAAUGAAGAAUGAAAACAUAAAUAUAUUGAUCCAAAAGUACUCUUGAAAAACAACUGGUAGGGAAAGAGUGUAAAAGACCUCAGAUCCAGCACCUCUUGGAUUUCCUUGGUUAAAACUGAUGAAGUUUAUGCAGAUAUCCUCAUACACUUUCCAUUGAUCAAACCCAACUCAAAGUUUUAAAACAGGAUAUUUAAAAAUAUUCUAAUUAUUAUGAUGGCAAUCACAUUUUUUUUAAUUCUACAUACUUUUAAAUAAGGUUGUUACAGAAAAAUAUUCAAAUCUACAAUGAACAUACAAAGUUCACAUUCUCACAUAAAUGCUUUAUUCUAUGAAUUAGAUUCCAUUAUGAUAUAACUUUUAUUCCUGACCUCUGCUUGAAUGUGAUUUCAUCCAUCAUUAUAAGAAAUGUCCUAAUCUUGAAUAAAUUCCCAAACAAAAUUAUACUUUUUGUUUACAGUUGAAAGUUGAAUACUUUCAAUGCUGUAUACUGCUAAUGCUUAAGAAGCUAUGAAAUGAAGUUUAUAUGAGUGAAUAUUUAAAAGACAUGCAACAUGCAUGAUGAUGCAAUUCUUUAUAGGUGGAAAAUGACAGUUCAUUACAAUAUUCUUCUUGGGGGGGGGGGGCUCAACUGAGACUUUUCUAGUAUAAUAAAAGAUAAUUUAUAUCUUUUGAAAAUUUAGUGUUGCACUUUACAAAUACACACAUAAAGUACUUUUUAGAAUCAGGUUCCUCUAAUAAAUAUAUGCUCAUGCAUACAAUAACACAAUAUAGCAGUACAAUACAUACAGUUUAGUGGUACAAGUUCACUUACUGAUAUUGAUGUUCAUUUAUUACACACACAAAACCAUCAAUACAGGACAAUAUCCUUUUACCUUCUUACAGGUCAUUCUGUUUAUUACACUUAAAAAUAGAUUAACUUUUUACAUUAAUAAAAUUACAUUUAAAAAUAUAUUGAUUUUCUACAAUUAUGUGCUCUGAAAUAAAUACAAAUAUAAUUUACACCAUCAAAUUUCAGAGUUUAAAAGUUUAAUGUAUCACAUAAUUUUAAUAAUAACUUAAAACUCGCUGAUCUAUUAAUUUAUUAUUGAUACAGAUUACAUCAACCAUUUUACAUGACACAUAAUUACUCUGAUAAUGAAUCUUAUGAUUAUUCAUAAAUUAGGUUAUUAUAAAAUAUUACCUGGAAGCUUUAAAAAAUAUUUAGUGAUAUAAGUUUACAAGAUUAAUUAGGAACUGUGCAGUAAAACAUCUGAACUAUAUACUGAACAACAGUCUAACUAAAAUAUAGUAUAUUUUACAUGAAACAAUGGAUUUUAAGAUAAAAGUUAAAAAUGGCAUAAAAAAAUUUUAAAAAAAAAAGAAGAGGAAUUAUUUCCCCUAAAAUUUAAGAAAUCUGUUUCUAUGACAGUGUGCACAUAUAUAUAUAUAUUGAAUAAAUUUUUAAUUAUUGUAAUUUCAGGGAGAUAAGCCACUGCUUAUACAUACUUAAAAAGUUACAAAUUUUGGUCUGUGGCAUAUCUGAAAGAAUUCUAUUCUGCCUUUAACUGCUCUAGUCUAUAUUGCAAGUUAUGCAUUAUAGAAUUCCCUGGUGAUAUUUUAGCCUGUUACAAGCACUCAGGUUAUGCUAAGGCAGUGCAACAAGUCUGAACUCGUUAUGAAAUUUGCCCAACUAUAGUAGAAUGCACUAAGACUAAUACAUGUGCUUUCUGCUGAACUCUGUGGCACUGACCAAGUUUUCUGAUGAUCAAUUUCUGAUGAUUCUUAAUGGCCACUGAAACUUAUUUUGCCAAGUUCAUUCUUGCAUAUAUCUCACUGCUUUCUUAUUGCUUAUUUGUUGCAGUGAUUAUUUUAUUGUUUGCACAUGUUGAAUUAAAAAAAAUAUUAGUAGUAUUGCUUCUACUCAAAGAAAAAGUUACAUAGUUGCUUUUAAGCUUUCGGCAAUGACGAAAAUAACAGAAAUUAGAAAUUGGGCUGAGGCUAGAAAAUUUCAAAUUGAUGAGAGAUGCAGUCAGUUGUGGAAGUACGGACAAUAAUUAGGGAAAAUGCUCAAGAUCUUGUUGGACUGGCAUCAUAGCCUGGCCUGUUUAGAAAGAUAAUUUAGAGAAAUGGAGAACAGUGCGGACAGAAAAGUUAUUAUCAGUGUCAACAGUUAGAAUUAGCCUUCAAGCAAAAGUAAUAGCUGAACAAAAGGUCACUAAAGUCUCUUGAAGGACCUAAUUGGUGUUUCAGAUUUAUGAAGCGAAAGAAACUAUUUGUCAGGACAAAAACAACAGUUGGACAGAAGCUUGGACUGGACUGGACUGGAAAAUGAUAAAAUUUUUUGGAAGUACACAUCUAAGAAAAUCAGCGAACAAAAUUUGAGUAGAGGGCAAAUAAUUAAUAUGGAUGAAGUGCCUGCUACUUUUGACUAUCCUCCAAGCAAGACUGUUCAUUCAACAGGUGAAAAAUUAUUUCUGUAUUAACAACCAGGAAUGAAAGGAUUUCUUUUACUUAUGUUUUGGGUUGUGCUACUAAUGGAAAGAAGUUAACCUCUUUGAUAAUUUUCAAAAGAAAAAACAGUGUUCAAAAAGGAAAUUUCCCUCAAGGGGUCAUUAUUUGUUCCAAUGGAAAAUGAUGGAUAUGUGAAAAAAUGUUGUUGUUUUGGCCAAGAGAAAUUUAUUGAAAAAGGAAAAGUGCUUUUUUCCAACCUUGGGGAUUCAAUGCGAUCCCAUUAAGUGGGUAGAGUAAAAUUCGAAGUAAAAACAUUCAGCAGUAUUAUUUCAGUAAUAUCAGGUAGGUUGACAAAAACUUUACAGCCACUGGAUCUCUACAUGAAUAGAAUUUUUAAGCACAGACUGCAGAAGCUGUGGGAGGAAUAGAUGUGAAGUGGACUCCAUUCUUUCACAAAUUCCAGAUUGAUGUAAAAAGUUUUGUACGAAGAGGCAGCCUUACGAGUUGAAAAACAUGGCAAUCAGUUCAAACUAACAUGAUCAUAUCAGCCUUCAUUAAAUCCAAAAUUAUCAAAAAAGAAAGUGAAAAUGAAGAGAGCAAUGUCGAAAGAAGUGAUUCAGAACAGAAUGAUAAAAGUGACCUUGAUGGUUAUUUGAUAAAUUUAUUUAAUUUUGACAUUGAUAAACUGAAUUUUGAAGUUUGGUAUAAAUAAAUGUAGUUUAUUUUAAUUAUAAAAUUCUGUUUGAUUAUAUAAUUUAUGUAUUUUUUUCAUAAUACGGUAAUUUAUGGUGCUAAACAAAAGUUUACCAAAUCAAUAAAAAUAACAUCUAUUAGAAAUCAGAAAAGUUUGUUUUUAGCGUAUUUAUUUUUUAUUUAUUUAUAUAUUACUAAUUAUAUUUAUGCUGGCAUACUACAAAAUGUUAUCAAUGAUGAUUACAUUAAUAUGGAAGACAAUUACUGAAUAAAUGAAUAUUUAAGUUCCAUGUUUCAGAAUUCUUUGAGGCAUUAUAUACGGUAGAGUGGCUGAUCUGAUGAACUUUAAUUUUUUUUAGUCAAUUAUUCAUGUUGCAGCUUACAUGAUAAGGUGGGUUUUCUACCCAAAAUUACGGUAUUUUACAUUCAACAUUUGGAAAAAAUUUAUUUAUUCACAAUUUCUAAAAUAUUAUAGUUAUUGAAAUAUUUAUAAUUAUUCAAUAUAAAAUUAUUAGCAUGUUAGAUCAUAAAAAAAUUAAAAUUAUCAUUCAAUUUAUAGAUUUUUUAGAUUUUGCAGUAAAAGUAAAAUUAAUAUCAAAUUUAAUUAUGUGUUAAAUUUAAUGAUGCUUAAACGACUAAUAUUAUCAACAGUAUACAGUAAACGUUUCCUAUAAUACUGGCAAAAAAAUACAUACAUAAAACAAGUUAAAAAAUAAAGAUUUUAAAACAUGUAAGCAGUUUCCUUUUCCUAAUGCAAAAUAGUUAACUAAAUUGCUUAAACAAAGAUCUGGAAUUCUAAAAAGGUCUAAAUCUUUUUUCAAACUGCUCUACACAACCAGCCAAAAAAAAAAAAAAAAAAAAAAA